AUGUCGGCUGGCGGACGGUUUCGCGUCCAAUCGGUGCUCGACGGUGGCGGCGGAACCGAGCCCAACUCGGAGCAGAAUCUCGCAGCGCUCAGCACCGCCUCAAUUGGCCCCAGGAAAGAGCGUGAGUUUUUGUGUUGCUGUUCUAGUGAGCUGAAAAUCGCGUUUUUUGUGUCAAACUGGUCCUGGACUUUCAGUUUAAAAGUUUCGCGUCGAAGAGUACAUACACUCACAAAUACACGCACAUAUCAGUGUGCACUUCACCCUCCAAUUCUCUAACCGCCUACGCCCUCCCCGUCUCUCUCUGCCGCUAUUGUCGGUCUCGUCGGCCAACUGGCAUAGAGGGAAAGGUGAUUUGAUUAUUAUAUGGCCAUCACUAUUCUUUACUUUGGGGAACGACGCAAAAGUGCGUCAGUCGGUAAAUCUUUGCACGUUCUUUCACGGUUUGACGAUUUUGAUGCAAAAACAGCAGCACUCAUCCAAGAGUCUAGCUUGAUAAACUUACAAAAAGUUUGGGAAAAGUGAUAAGAGAAGCGUAUGGCCAUUAUUAUUGACUUGCAAGAACCGCGAAAUUGAGGCAAAUGGAAUGGAAAAUGGCUUUUUCGAAACUGUACACGUUUUGUCAAACUGUGCUCAUGCUAUGAUACCUUUCUGAAACCGUGACAGUUUUUAGGACAAGUGAGAGAAAAUUGGUGAAAGUGACCUGUGAAUUCAACUUAGAAACAAUUUAUUGUCUAAAAUCCUGCAGACAUGUAUAAUGACAAGUUUUUGAAACUCUACCUUGUUUAGGAUGAUGUAGUACCGAAAUGGUUUUGAACUUGAAAUUAUUAGCUAACGUUGAAUGCUGUUACUGUAGUUUACGGCUCUAGAACUUUUGUUGAACCCGCGUUUUCCAGGAAAACGGCAACGAAAUGUGGCGGAGAGAAAAACAAAAUUGAAUUUACUCUCUCUCUAGCAAUCUCAUCUCUUUUACCCAAAAAAAAAGGAGGGAAAGAGAGGAAUGGAUUCUUUUUCCAUUUUCAUUUCCUCGACUCGUCCACACAAAAAGUUGGAGCGGAAAUGGAGGGGGAUUAGAGGAAAUAAAGGGGAAAACGAAAGAAAAGGAGCGACAAAGUGUGUGUGUGUGUGUGUUUUCACAGAAUCGAAUCGAAAAGGGGGAGAUUAGAAGCGAGCGGAGAAGGACAAUAUCUCGCGGUCCGAUGAGUGUAUCAACGUGUUGUCAACGGGAAAGUUGUUGCAAAUUGUGUGCUCUACAACUUUCUAAUUGACCAUUUUGCGCUAGAAUGUUCGGUUUUGGAGCCAACAGACAUUAUCCGUGUUUCUCAGUCGAAUUCUCUGAUCUUCUUUACUGUUUCACCAUCUCCACUUGUCUCAUGUUUCAUUUAUAUAAUUUAGUCACUGAAAACCAACAACACUGCUUCAAUUAAAAAAAUAAAAAAAUAAAUACAAUAAAUAAUAAAAAUAAAUAAAAAUAAAUAAAUAAAAUAAAUAAAUAAAUAAAAUUAAUCAAGUUUUCGUCGCUUUUUCAUAAACUAUUCCAUAUGCCCAAAUAUUCUCAGUUUCACAAUUGUCCCAACUACUUUUUCACUCUCACUUUUCACUUUCACUUUCACGUUUCGCUUUUCCACGUGCUUCUACGGUUUCGAAACUAUAUUGUCGGUCUGAAUUUUCAUUCGUCCAGCUAUACACGUCUUUUCCGGAUCGUUCAACUCAGAAACGCAUGUUCUAUCGAUUUCUGUUUCCUAAACGACAUAACCGCAUGUUCGAAAGUAAGAAAUUGCUAAUCUGUGCCUCUUUUUUCCGGUCCCAACACUAGCUUGUGCUGAUUUUUGCAAGUGUACAAUAGUCGCCGAGAGGUCUAGUCGUAACUUGAUCCAAUACUCACUUUUUCCGCCCUCUCCGUCUCUUCGUCUCGCCUUCCAAUCACUUUGUUCGCUCACAAGUAGUCACAAGUAAUGUACAUCACGACAACUCUUCACACAGUUAUCUUUUCUCUCCGAGAGUGGAAACCAGAUCAGAAAACGAAUGUAUGGGGGCCAGCAGAACGAUUAGCGGAAAACGGAACUGAACAACGGAAAACGCGUGUAAUUGCCUCUCUUCCAACCUUUUUCGCGCGAGACAUUUCGAGACUUUUCAACUGGGGACCAAGGAUUUUGUCGUACGUGUGUCUCCUAAAAGUCUUCAAUCUUUCAACGACCAGCAGAUUCGGUCGGAAUUUCAAAUCUCUCGUUUCUCGAGCGCUUUUCUGCCUAGCAACCAGCCGAAAUCACAUGUUUUCGAGUAGAAAAUAGAAAUUGGUGCUCUCGUCGCUCGAGCAGGUAAACACGCACGUAUAUUUUGCGGGACGUGCGCAAGCAAUUUGGCGCACUCUGGGGGUUUUCAGGCAUUCACAGCGCUGUGAUUGGAUUCGAAACGUCGUUUUGAGACAAAAUGCUCAAUUACGGCAGACAAAACAGAAGCGGCGACCGCGCGGUUUACCACUCAGCCACCGGCGCACCGCGAGAGGGCAGAGGCCGGGCGAGUAGAUAUGCGAGCGCAGCCAGCCUUUUUUGCAUCGCCGUUCCUCUUUCAUUUGUAAGUUUGACGGACCAUAUCUCGGAGACGAGUAAUUGUAUCAAAAAGUAGUCAACUGAAAAGUUGUUUCAAAUUUCAAGCUCUACAACAUUGUAAUUGAGAAUUUCAUUCCAAAACCCGUCAUUCUAGAGUUACGAUAGUUUGUCCCACACUCGUCCAUUUUUUGUGUAUUUUGCUCGAUUCUCUGAAUCUUCAUCGCCAUCUUGCUCAUUUGCAACAACCAAUUCAGCCAAAACACCAUCACAAGUAGUAGUAGUAGUAGUAGUGUAUCCAAUUAACAUUUGCACAAGGGAAACGAAGAGUGGCCUCACUUUCCAACCAACACGCACCAUUAUUAGCCACUUUUCUAUUAUUCCUAGCCAAAUAUUGGCAAAUAUUAGAAAUAUUACGUGCCUCGAGAUCUUUUUAAAACUUUUCACAAGGAAAUGGAACGGAAAUAGUCGUGGAAUAAGUGUAAUUUCUCCAAAAUGCUCAAUUCUGGUGCCGAAAGUUCAGCUGCCCUCAGUUUCGCUUGAAAAGUAGUGUGACAGCUGGAAAACUAGUCAAUAUCUCAUUUUCAAUUAGCUUUUUCGCUCUCUCUCUUUCGUUUUUAACACAAAAUUCGAGUGAAAGAGCAAAUGUCUCCUCGUCUUCUUUUCUCUCCUGAAUAAUUGAUUCGUCCCGUCGCCGUCGCCGCCAUCCAUCGCUCUUCUUAUUCUGUUCAAUUUCUCAUACGCCUUUUGGCCCCCCCCGCCCCAAUUUUUCGAUUUUUCGUCUCGGAAAAGCAGCACUAAUCGUUCCAUUCCACAUUUCCCCUUUUCGGCCAAUUACCAAUCGGAGCACUCAAGAAAAGAGCAACUCGGAACGUCAUUUUCGCAUCAACAUAAAUUGAAAAUUGGCUAUAUACGAGCGAAUGCGAUGUGACGUGGCAUUUGUGUCGUUUUCCGGAUCAGGGGGCGGAGAUUUGCGACCUGGCAGUCGAAGAAAAAAGUUCCAACUUCCAGGGACCAUAUGAGGCUUCCGAAUAGUGGUCCUUAAAAGUUGUCAACUAGAAAAAUCAAGUACUAGACCCCUGGAUUAUGCUGAAAAUUUUUGAGACUGAUACGCGGUCCCUCAAAGUUGAUGUGGUCCCCCAAAGUUGCCCAGUCGCUUUUCUGUUUCCCAAUCCGUUCUCAAGUUGUUCAAGCCCUGGCCGUCAAAAAUUCUAUCGAAAAUACGAGCCAACAAGUUCCAACUUUCAGGGACCAUAUCAGGCUUCCGAAUAGUGGUCCUUAAAAGUUGUCAACUAGAAAAAUCAAGUACUAGACGCCUGGAUUAUGCUGAAAAUUUUUGAGACUGAUACGCGGUCCCUCAAAGUUGAUGUGGUCCCCCAAAGUUGCCCAGUCGCUUUUCUGUUUCCCAAUCCGUUCUCAAGUUGUUCAAGCCCUGGCCGUCAAAAAUUCGAUCGAAAAUACGAGCCAACAAGAUCCAACUUUCAGGGACCAUAUCAGGCUUCCGAAUAGUGGUGCUUAAAAGUUGUCAACUACAAAAGCCAAGUACUAGACCCCUGGAUUAUGCUGACAACUUUUUGAGACUGAUACGCGGUCCCUCAAAGUUGAUGUGGUCCCUCAAAGUUGCCCAGUCGCUUUUCUGUUUCCCAUGUCAAAUCCGUUCUCAAGUUGUGUUCAAGCAUUUGCUUGAAAAGCUCUCCAGACAUCCGUUUUUCUUCGUCCUCUUCAAAACUUUUGCUCCUCCUCGCUUUGUGAUGAGCCGAACACCCUUUUCUUCUUCUUCUUCUUCUUCUUCUUCUUCUUCUUCUACUUCUUCUUCUUCUUUCUCCCUUUCUCCACGAAAAGCGAAUUUCAACAGGAGGGGAAGGGGGCGGCGGCGGAGACUGUAAUCGAAUUGAAAACCGAGAAAAAACGAGGCGAAACGAGAAAAUCUGUGUUGUCGCCUAGACCCAGAGAUGAUUACCUCGAAAGUAAGAGUAGUGGAGAAGAAGAAGAAGAAGAUACUAGUUUGAGAGAUAGAGCGGGACCGCACGAGAGCGCGCAUACGGAAAAGAGGUCCUCGUUUGCUCACAUUCCCCCCCCCCCUUUUCUUCUUUUCCCGUCGCCAGAAGAAGAGGUCCUCCAGCUUCUCACCUCUUCAAACAAACUUCUUCUUCUUCUUCUUCCUCUUCGCCCCGCCCCUUUUCCUCCAUUUUUCCCCCCAUCCACUUCCACUUCCACUUCAAAAUGACGCUUACCACUUCGGCGCCGAUGCUCCGGUCAACUAGUAUUCCAGUCAAAAGCGCCGCCGAUCCUGUUCCGUCGACCUCAACGGAGCCAACGGUGGUGACGUCACGACGCUCCUCGUCUGGCGGUUCGGGCGGUCCGGCGAGCAGAAAACCGCCCAAUAUGCAUAUUAAUAUACCCGCAGGUACUUGGAUAGUGUUGGAAGCACAAUUUGUAUCCAGGCGCUGUGAUUUUGCCACAAAACUGGAGCUCAAAAACCGUUCAAACGCAGUGAAAUACAAAAAAAUUCCCGGUCCCUAAAGGCUCAGAGGUCAAUUUUGACCAAAAAAACCAGUUUUUAUGCCUCUCAGCUGGUGCACAAUAUUAGAUUAGAUGGACACUUUGCAACCGGUGGGAAAUGGCCUCAGUCUGGUUGCAAAGUGUCCGAUGACUGAAAACUUGUGAAAUGGUAACUUGUUUUUUUUGUUGGUAUUUUCACUAGCUGGUUGCAUUAUUUUCCAUGACUCUAUUAAAAACAAUUUCAAGGAUCCGGAAGUGUUGAAACCGAAAAGUACAAAAUUUGUGUUUCACGCGGUCCUCAACUGUUGGAUGAGGGCGUUUUUUUAACAGAGUUGAGCGGAAUAACUUAACGGAAGAACACGGAAGAAUUUUUAUCUUUUUUAGAAAUUUUUUUCAUGGAAUGUGAUCAAUUGACGAAAUGUAUAGCAAAGUGAACUGUGCUCAUAGAAAAAAAUAAUUGUAAAUUUAGCUUUUUCAUACAAAAAAAGUUAUUCGAGUUGUUCCGUGGAAAAGGGGGCGAACGGAAGACAACUCGCGUAACUUUUUUUGUAUGAAAAAGCUAAAUUUACAAUUAUUUUUCUAUAAGCAGAGUUCACUUUGCUUUUACAAUUCGUCAGUUGAUCACAUUUCAUGAAAAAUUUUUCUAAAAAAUAUAAAAAUUCUUCCGUGUUUUUCCGUUGAGUUCUUCCGCUCAACUCUGGUUUUUAAGUGUAGUCUGAAAACCAUGCACUUUCACAUUGCUCACAAUUGAGUAAAUCAAAUAUUGUGUCAAUCAUCUUGAGGGGACCGUUCAAAUUGAUCGGUCCGCGAGGUUGUAGACGUCUAAAUGACCAGAUCAAACCCCUCCCAAUUUCUCCAAGUUUCCCUCACAAUCCGUCGAUUUUUGCAGAUGAAGGCGCCGAGCGGAUACCCCUGUGCGAGCAGCAUUCGCCUCUGGCACUUUAUGAGGUACGUCAACCGCGUUUUCCUUCUUCUUCUUCUUCUUCUUCUUCUUCUUCUUUUUCUUCCCGAUGGAUGUCGAUACACAAACAUCGCUUGUGAUGAGUGAAAACAGAGAUAGAAGAAGAGUGUAAUAACUGUGGUGCCGCUAGACCGGAGGUCAACACGUCUCUGGAUUGAUCCCUCAAGGGAUGGACCGUCUGGACCAAAACAAGCGGAACCGCGCAUUUUACAUGGAAAUUUGAUACGUUUGGGCAUAGCGCCGCACACGCUUACCUACAAUAUUUGUUUUUGUUUUCCGAGUAGCCCGGGGGGGAGGAAUGCCGUUGUAAUAUUGUCCGUAUCUCAGCUGCAGGUAGAGAUAUCGAAAAGCGGCCAACUAGAAAAAUGUACAUUUCGGUUUGAUGAACAAUAUAUCAGUUGACAACUUUUUGAUAAAAUCACUGGUGCCCGAGAUACGGUCCCUCAAAGUUGGCGAUAAUUUUUGAUGCCCUCUGCACUGCACACACACAAAUUUCAUUUCAUCUUCUAUUCCUGUCGCCUAAUCCCUUAUUUUCUUGGAAACUUUGUCCCUUUCCGUGUUUGUGACGUCACUGCCCUUUCUUCUUCUCUCUCUUUCGCUCCAUCUUCUUCUUCUUCUUCUUCUUCUUCUUCUCCGGUGCUCUUGAAAGUGUCAAUGAGCAAAAGGGCGGUGAAGAGUGAGUAAAGCGUCCGAUUUCACGGCGGAUAGCUUUGCAGACACCCAAAAAUUUGAAAAAAAAAAUGGCGCAUGAACCACCAAGUGGGACCACCCACGUUCAAUUUUCAUUUUCAGCAAGACUAUGACACACAAGGCCAGAAAAUCGGAACAAUGCUUCGCAAAUUGUCAGUCUAUAAUGCGACGGAGGCGACGAGUGUCGAGGCGGACGAAAAACCAAAAGCGGUGAGUUUCGAGACGGUUCCUGGCGGAUCACAGUGGAUCCUUGUGGUUUCUAGCGCUUGAAAGUGUCGAAAAAUGGCUAUAACCUUCAAAAAAAAAAGUUGAGGCUAGUACAAGUCAAUGUUUCACACUUUUCGAUUUUUCAACGUUUUCCACUUGCCAUACCGAGCAAACGUUUGCAAAAAGUGUUGCGCGCUCGCCUAAUCCACUCAUCAAUCAAGAGCACUUUGCCGUUUGAUGGGUCUUUAGACCAUGAACUUUGGCGGGGUACAGUAAUCCAAAGCGCUUCCCAAUUUUCAAGCCCCAAUGAAAAUUGAUUGAAUCAAUGUAUUCGGUAUUUGUAGGCGGCCGCCAAAAUGGGCACCAUCAUGGGCGUCUUCCUGCCGUGUCUUCAGAACAUUUUCGGCGUUCUCUUCUUCAUCCGACUCGCCUGGAUCAUCGGCACCGCCGGAAUAUUUCAGGCGUUCUUCGUCGUGCUCACGUGUGUUUCUGUGGUAAGCGCACUGAAACUGUGAUCAACUUCAAUGGGCUAUGCUCUUUAAAAGGCAAUGUCUGAGAACCUCGAAAUUCGCUAAUUACACCAGGUCACUAAAAAUUCCGAAUGCUUCAAAUUGUCCCAUAUUAUACCCAAUGGGUACUUACAUACAUAACAGUGAUACAUCAGACAAGUUUUGGUCCGGCUCCGUGGUCCCUAGUCCGAUCACGAGCCCAAAAUAGGUCAAAACUGUAACUAAUUUCAAAAAAAUGCUAGCGUCUCAGACUGAACGCCAUUCGAUUUCUCGCAUCUUUUUAAGCAUUUUUCAUGUUGGCACCAAAAAUUUAGCACCUCUCCUUCAUGGAGAAAAAUAUUGUUUUGUGACAUUUUUCAGACAAUUUUUCAGUUUUCUGCUCGUCCUGAAAAAUUUUAACACUACAUAGCCAUAAUUUUGUUGCUGAUUCUGAAUCUAUACAUUAUUGUGCUUCGGCAAAAAAAAAGUUCACCCCGAUCUCGUUUUUUUGCCGAAAUUCACAAAAUUCGUAGUACUUUUUGCAUGGAAAAAAAUGUUCGCGAACUUGAGAAAAGUGCGUUUUCUCAAUUUUCAAAGGGGUCUCAUUGCGAUUUUUGUUGUUUUUGUAUGUUUUUAGGCAUUCUCGAUUUUUUGGAAGCAUUUCGAAAAUUUAAAAAAAUUAGACCAAGUCAUGACAAAAUUUUCGAGAAAAAAUUAAUUUUAAAAUUAAUUAAAUGCUUCAAAAAAAUCGAGAAUGCCUAAAAACACACGAAAACAACAAAAAUCGCAAGCAAACCCCUUUGAAAAUUGAGAAAACGCACUUUUCUCAAGUUCGCGAACAUUUUUCCAUGCAAAAGUACUACGAAUUUUGUGAAUUUCGGGCAAAAAACGAGAUCGGGGUGAACUUUUUUUUUGCCCAAGCACAAUAAUGUCUAGAUUGAGAAUCAGCAAUAAAAUCAUGGGUAUGUAGUGCUAAAAUUUUUCAGAACGAGCAGAAAACUGAAAAAUUGUCUGAAAAAUGUCACAAAACAAUAUUUUCCUCCAUGAAGGAGAGGUGCUAAAUUUUUGGUGCCAACAUGAAAAAUGCUUAAAAAGAUGCGAGAGAAAUCGAAUGGCAUUGCCCCCGAAACGAAGGAAGCAAGCCGAGUUUUUCCCCGGUUUUCCAGACGUUCCUCACCUCGAUCUCGCUCUCCGCAAUUGCCACGAACGGAGUGGUUCCGUCGGGCGGUCCCUACUACAUGAUCUCCCGGAACCUGGGGCCCGAACUCGGCGGCGCCGUCGGCAUCCUCUUCUACCUGGGCACCACGAUCGCCGCGUCGAUGUACAUCACCGGCGCCAUCGAGAUCCUCCUCCUGUACAUCUAUCCGCAGGCCAAGAUCUUCGACGACAUCUAUAACAACUACCGACUGCUCGGCACCGGUCUUUUUGAUCGUUCUCGGCCUGAUCGUGAUGGCCGGCGUGAAGUUUGUGAACCGAUGCGCUCUUCCGCUGGUCAUCGUCGUCAUUUUUCUGCAUCCUUUCCGCCAUGCUCGGCGUUUUUGUCCGCUACGACGGCAGCGACACGUUAAAGUUUUGUAUGGUCGGCGAUCGGCCCGUCGACCUGACUUCCUACUACGAACGCACUCGAAUCCUACCCAAUUGCACGGCCGACGGACUUCAGGAGCUGUUCUGCAGUGCCAACGGAACUUGCGAUCAUUACUACGACAGGGUGAGCGGUUUCAUGUCGAUCAGGCGGAGGCCUCAUUUCAUAGUUUUCAGAUGAAAGACAUCAAAGUGUGGAAGGCGUCGGGAAUGCCGGCGAUCCGUCAGGAACGAGCGAUCAAGGGCAUCGCCUCGGGCGUCUUCUUCGACAAUCUCUGGCCAAAGUACCUGCGAGCGGGCGAGGUGCUCUCAAAGGAUCGGAAGGACAAGGGCGACGUGAACCGGGGCGGUCAUCCGUCGUACAUCUACGCAGAAUCGGUGACCAACUUCAUGAUCCUCGUCGGAGUGUUCUUCCCGUCGGCGACUGGCAUCAUGGCCGGAUCGAAUCGUUCGGGUAACCUGAGGGAUGCGGCAAAAAGCAUCCCGAUGGGCACACUGGCCGCGCAAAACUUUUCCUCUUUCAUUUGUAAGUUUUGACGGACUAUAUAUCGCCAGUAAAAAUUGAACUCGUUCAGACCUCCUCGGAGUGCUUCUCUUCGGCGCCUCCGUCUCGGAAAUGUUCAUUCGCGACAAGUACGGUCGUUCCGCGAUGGGCAAGCUCAUCAUCUCGGAGAUCUCGUGGCCGUUCCCCCAAGUCAUCCUCUUCGGCUGUUUCAUGUCGACCGCCGGCGCCGGAAUGCAGUCGCUCACCGGCGCACCACGCCUUCUCCAGGCCAUCGCCGCCGACGACGUGCUGCCGUUUUUUUGAAGCCGUUCCGGAAGAUGGACUCGCGCGGCGAGCCCAUCAGAGCCAUUCUCCUCACGUUGGCCAUCUGCGAGUGCGGCAUUCUCAUUGCCGUCAUCGAGAACAUCACCGCGCUCAUUACACAGUGAGUUGUUUUUGCGAUAUGGCUCUACGAGAACACAACCAAAAAAAUGUAGAAAGGGGCGUGGGGCCUAGUGUGCACGGUUUAUCACAAUUUUGGCGCGAAAAAAAUCGAAAUUUAAAAAUCGAAAUUUAACCCCCAUUUUUUUCAUGUUUUUUUCGUCAAAAAAAUUACCCAAAUUUUGUACGGGUUUCGACGAUGAAAUUGCAUAACUUUAUUAAACUAAUCAUCGCGCGCACUUUUUUUGAGCUUAAAACGAGCAGGUUUCAUUCAGAAAUGAAUCGAUUGAAUCGAUUUUUCAAGUUUUUGUGCUGAAAAAUGCGCGAAUUUCAGUCAUUCGCCGAUACUUUUUUUGCCCGUUUGAACGCUUAAAAAUACUUGUAUUAACGUGCUUAAUCACUUCCGACACUCACUUCGUCUCAAAACUAUCCACAUCGGACGGUAUGAAAAAUUCCGAAAUUGCGGCGGCGAUUGGCCGCGGAGCGCGUAUUGCGAAAUAUGUCAAAAAAACGUCUCAAACGCGGCAUUUUCACGAAAAAUUUCAAUGUUUUCUCUUUUAAUGUGCUCUUCUUUCGUCGAUAUCAAACACAAAAAAACGGAAAAGUGCUGGAAUUGCGGCAAUUUUUCAGAAAAACGCGUCUCAGAUUAGGCCACGCCCCCCUUUCUACACUUUUUUUUGCUCGCCGGCCGUGGCGCUGGUCGACACAACUUUAACACGAGCAUUUUGAGCAAAUCUGAUGCCGCGUCGAAAGUCUCGGACAAACCGUAAAAACCGCAGGUUUUUCUGUCCAAAGUCGGCCGAAAUUUGCGUGAAAAACGGAAAAUUUCGAAAAAUUUCGUGAAUAACCGUACCCGCUAAAACUACGGUAUUUUUUAUGAAAAUUUGCGCAAGAAAUUUGAAUAUUUUCAAAUAUCCUCAAGAAAUUAACACACAAAUUUUCAAAAAAAGACAUAUUUCUUUGAACACUGUUUCACUGGGUUCUCUUUUUUCUUCAACUUUUCAAAUCAUUGAUAGUGUAAUACAAGCUCCUUUUUUUCUUCCAGAUUCUUCCUCAUGUGCUACCUGGGCGUGAAUGCGGCGUGCGCCCUCCAAUCCCUUUUAAAGUCGCCGGGUUGGCGUCCGGGCUUCCGUUACUUCCACUGGAUCCUGUCGAUGAUCGGCGCGAUCCUCUGCGUCGCCGUCAUGUUCAUCUCCGCGUGGCACUUUGCCCUCAUCGCCAUCUUCAUCGGCGCCGGCGUCUACAAGUACAUCGAGUACGCGGGUGCCGAGAAGGAAUGGGGCGACGGAAUCCGUGGCCUCGGUCUCUCGGCCGCCCGUUUCGCCCUGCUCAACCUGGACGAUAAGCCGCAACACUCGAGAAAUUGGCGUCCGCAACUGCUCGUGCUCGCGCCCGACUGCGAUUCGGCCACCACCAACGGAAUGCUGUCGUUUGUGAGUCAGCUGAAGGCGGGCAAAGGUCUGACGCUGGUGGCGAAUUGUAUGGAGGGCGAGUACGCGGAGAAGUACGUCGACGCGCAGGCGGUGCAGGAGAAGCUGAAGGCGGUGGUGAAGAAGAACAAGAUCAAGGGCUUCUGCGACGUGCUCGUCACCAACAAUCUCAUCGAGGGCAUCUCGUGUCUUGUUCAGGUUUGCGAUCUCGUAUGUUUGCUGCUUUCCACGCUUCUCUGUCCGCUCUCUUUUCCGGUUUUUAUGAGGUUUUAUGUUAGCCGUCUCACGGUCUCCAGAGCUGACAAUAUGGGCGUGGCCUCGGCGGCCAAAUGGCGUUUUCUCUGAUUUUUGUGGUCAAAAGCGAUGAAAAAUGAUUGUUCGACAUGAAAACACACUAAUUCUCGCAGAAUUAUGGACGUUUUGGCGCAUUUUUUUCGCGGAUUUCGCUUUUUUUCGAAUUUUUUUCCCUAAAACCCGCACUUCUCAUUUUGCGCUUUCUUGACCGUUUUCAGACAGAAUUGAUUUUGAGAAUGAUAAAUCACGUAAAUACAAGCAUUUUUGAGCGCUCGAACCGCGAAAAAUUACCGAAAAAGCAACUGAAAUUCACGCAGUUUUAGCGAAAAACCUUCAAACUUGACCAAAUUUAACGCUCUUGCGCUUAAAAAAUUUGUACUAGCCUAUACAAUCGAUAAAUCGAGAGAAAAAUGAGAAAUUAUCGAUUUUUCGUGGCUAAUCUGGCAAAAAACACAAAUUUAGCUGUUAAAAUUUGAAUUUCGCGCCAGUGUAUCGCUCUAUUCGGCGGGGCGCACUUGCGCCCAUUGUCAGCUCUGGAGACCGUGCGUCUAACUAUGCUUUUCAUUCAUUGUCAUCAUUUCUAGGGCCCAAAAACCGACUUUCUAGGACAUUUUGAAACAGAUUUCUGCGCAAAAGUGCCCAACAUCAUAGAACUUUGGAACUUACCAAAUUCCUCACUCAAAACCUUCUAGAAACAGGAAAAAAGUGCUAUCGUAACAUGUUCACCGCUCGCUCACCGCACCCUCUAUCACUAUCACUUUCCCCGCACACUGUCACACCCAACGCCCACCAAAUCCGCCCUUUUCCAGACCUCCGGACUCGGCGGAAUGCGUCACAACACGGUGGUCCUCUCGUGGCCGGUCGAACGGGACCAGAUGGACGGCGAGCAGCAGUGGAACGUGGCGCACAAGUUUGUGUCGGCGAUUCGAGCCAUUUCGGCGGCGAAAUGCGCUAUUAUGGUGCCAAAAUAUGCGGAGAGGUUCCCGGCGAACGGCACUAAAGUCUCGGGAUUCAUUGAUGUUUGGUGAGUUUCGGAGAGCAUUUUGAAACGGUGCAAACUAUGAUGAUCCCUAUCCUAUGCAGGUGGGUCGUUCACGACGGCGGCCUUCUGAUGCUCCUUCCGUUCCUGCUCCGUCAGCACAAAACGUGGAAGAACACGACGGUUCGUCUGUUCGCAAUCGCGCAACUCGAGGACAACAAUGUGCAAAUGAAGACGGAUCUCGAGAAAUUUCUGUACCAUUUGAGAAUCGACGCGGCUGUCAAUGUUAUCGAAAUGGUUCGUCUCAAAAAAAAAAGUGAAAAAUUGAUUGAAAUUGACACUUAUCAAGAUUUUGAAACAGCAACGUUUGGAAUUGUACAAAUGUUUUGUACGCAAACUAGACACCUUUUCUAUGCCUACAAUAGCUCUUGGAAGUUGCAAUACGCUUCUAGAAGCUACCAUAACUUCCAGAAGCUACAGUAGGCUUAGUCUCAGUGAUACCAAGAAGAUGUCAACUGACAAAACCAAGUACUAGGUCCCUAGAUUAUGCCCAAAAACUUUGAGAACAAUUGAAGGUCCCGAAAAGCAGUUAUGGUCCCUCAAAGUUCACCUUUUUUCGUUCCAGACCGACUCUGACAUCUCGGACUAUACCUAUGAGCGCACGAUGAAAAUGGAGGAGCGCAAUCAGUUGCUGAAGAACCUGAACAAGUCGGACCGUGAUAAAGACAUUCAGAAUCAUUUGGAAGUGGUGACGCGGGAACGGAAGUUGAGCCGAAUCAACGAGGAAGCGGUUGGUCCUUCAUAGUUCUAUUCCGUUUAAAAAAGAACCUUUUUUUCAGCCGGCAGUGGUCCCUGAACAACGGAACCUGGAGGCUGUGAACGAGGAACAAGAGGACGGCAAAUCGGAUGUGCUCCCUGAGAAGUUGGAGCACAAGGGAGUCAGAUUUUCGGAUGAUGAGGAUGCGAAGGAGGUCGGAUUAGUGUUUCAGAACUUUGAGGGACCGUAUCAGCGUUUGAAAGGGACCCUUUGUUUCAAAACUUUUUGAGCGUAAUCUAGGAACCUAGUAGUUGAUUUUUUCAGUUGACAACUUUUUCGUACCACCUUUUCUAAGCCUACUACCCCUGAAUCCUGAAACUUUUCAGCUGUUAUCUUUUCUUUCAGCCAAAAGCCGGAAACGGAACUCUGGAGCGGGAUCGCGAGGAGAGACAACGAAAAAGACGGUACAAUGUGCACAAAAUGCACACGGCGGUCAAGUUGAACGAGCUGAUGCGCCAGAAAUCAAGCGACGCUCAACUGGUGUUCGUGAACCUUCCGGGACCGCCGGACGCCGAUUCCGACUCGUAUUGUGAGUGUGCCAUGGCCCAAGUUAUGAGGACUGUGAGCCAGUAGGAUCCACAUGGAACUCUAGAGCCCACAGUUUUUCGCAACUUUUACUUCUCUUCCAGACAUGGACUUUAUCGACGCGCUAACCGAGGGCCUGGACCGUGUGCUGCUGGUCCGCGGAACCGGUGCCGAAGUGGUGACCAUCUACUCGUAG